CGCUCGGGUCGGGCUCCUUAGCGGUGUAUUGUGGGAUGUGCGGCUACUGGGAGCCGAGCCUCCGCCGCCAGCCGCCUCCGGGGCAGCAGCAGCAGCAGCGGCGGCGGCAGCAGCAGCUCCGGGCCCGGCAGCAGCGGCGGCGGCUCCCCCCUCUCCCGGCCCCCCGUCCGGCAGCCCCGGUCUCGGCUCCCGCGGGGGACACCAUGUACUGGCUGGCGGCGCAGGGAGGCCGGCGCCCGGCGGGGAUGUUGGGUUAACGGCAUGGAGAACAGUCACCCCCACCACCACCACCAGCAGCCCCCGCCGCAGCCCGGCCCGUCGGGCGAGAGGAGGAACCACCAUUGGAGAAGUUACAAGUUGAUGAUUGACCCGGCUCUGAAAAAGGGACACCAUAAACUGUACCGCUACGAUGGGCAGCAUUUCAGCCUGGCGAUGUCCAGCAACCGCCCGGUGGAAAUUGUCGAAGAUCCCCGGGUGGUCGGGAUCUGGACCAAAAACAAGGAGCUGGAGCUGUCGGUGCCCAAAUUCAAGAUCGAUGAGUUCUACGUGGGCCCGGUGCCUCCGAAGCAGGUGACAUUUGCCAAGCUGAACGAUAACAUUCGCGAGAACUUCCUGAGGGACAUGUGCAAGAAGUAUGGGGAGGUGGAGGAAGUGGAGAUUUUGUACAACCCCAAGACCAAGAAGCACUUGGGCAUCGCCAAGGUGGUCUUCGCCACGGUCCGGGGAGCCAAGGAGGCGGUGCAGCACUUGCAUAGCACUUCGGUCAUGGGCAAUAUCAUCCACGUGGAGCUUGACACCAAAGGGGAAACCCGAAUGCGGUUUUACGAGCUGUUGGUCACGGGCCGGUACACACCCCAGACCCUGCCGGUGGGUGAGCUGGAUGCUGUCUCUCCCAUCGUGAAUGAGGCCCUGCAGUUGUCUGAUGCCCUGAAGCGCCUCAAGGAUGGUGGCCUCUCUACAGGCUGUGGCUCUGGCUCAUCCUCUGUCACCCCAAAUAGUGGUGGGACGCCCUUCUCCCAGGACACCGCUUACUCCAGCUGCCGCCUGGACACACCCAACUCCUAUGGACAGGGCACCCCGCUCACGCCACGCCUGGGCACCCCCUUCUCGCAGGAUUCCAGCUACUCCAGCCGCCAGCCCACACCCUCCUACCUCUUCAGCCAGGACCCCACCGUGACCUUCAAGAGCCGGCGCCACGAGAGCAAGUUUACGGAUGCCUACAACCGCCGCCACGAGCAUCAUUAUGUCCACAACUCUGCUGCGGUCCCUGUGGUGGCCGGGGCCACAGCCACCUUCAGGGGCUCCGUGGACCUCCCGUUUGGGGUGGUCGGCAGCAGUGGGGCCGGCGGUGGCCCUCCGUUCAAGGCCCAGCCACAGGAUUCAGCCACGUUCGCCCACACUCCACCACCCGCCCAAGCGACCCCUGCUCCUGGAGUCACAUUCAAGUCUGCUUUCUCUCCCUAUCAGACUCCUGUGCCCCCUUUCCCCCCACCCCCCGAAGAGCCCACCGCCGCCACCACCGCCUUUGGGGCCCGCGACAGUGGGGAGUUCCGGAGGGCCCCGGCGCCCCCGCCCCUGCCGCCCACUGAGCCCCGGACCAAGGAGAAGCCAGGCACACCGCCCGGCCCCCCGCCCCCCGAUGCCAACAGCAUAGAGCUGGGUGGCCGGCCGACCUUCGGCUGGAGUCCCGAGCCCUGCGACAGCCCGGGCACCCCCACCCUGGAGUCGUCGCCUGCGGGGCUGGAGAAGCCGCACGACAGCCUGGACUCGCGCAUCGAGAUGCUGCUGAAGGAGCAGCGAACCAAGCUCCCCUUCCUCCCAGAGCAGGACUCGGACACGGAGCUGCAGAUGGAGGGCAGCCCCAUCUCCUCUUCCUCCUCCCAGCUUUCCCCUCUGGCUCCCUUCGGCACUAACUCCCAGCCGGGCUUCCGAGGCCCCACGCCGCCUUCCUCACGCCCCUCCAGCACUGGCCUGGAGGACAUUAGCCCCACGCCCCUACCAGACUCUGAUGAGGACGAGGAGCUUGACCUGGGGCUGGGGCCCCGACCCCCACCCGAGCCAGGCCCCCCAGACCCCACCAGUCUUCUGGGCCAGACAACUGAGGUGACAUUGGACCUGGCUGGAGACAGGACCCCGACCUCAGAGAAGAUGGAUGAGGGCCAGCAGUCCUCCGGUGAGGACAUGGAAAUCUCAGAUGACGAGAUGCCCUCAGCCCCCAUCACCAGUGCCGACUGUCCCAAGCCCAUGGUGGUGACCCCAGGCUCGGCGGCUGUGGGAGGCCCCUCUGUGCUGGCCCCGAACCUGCCGCUGCCCCCGCCCCCUGGCUUCCCACCACUGCCCCCACCCCCACCGCCACCUCCACCACAGCCUGGCUUCCCCAUGCCCCCACCUCUGCCGCCACCACCACCCCCACCACCCCCGGCCCACCCAGCCGUGCCAGUGCCCCCGCCACCUCUGCCAGCGCCACCCGGUGUCCCACCCCCGCCCAUCCUGCCACCUCUGCCACCCUUCCCGCCAGGGCUGUUCCCCGUGAUGCAGGUGGACAUGAGCCACGUGCUGGGCGGCCAGUGGGGCGGCAUGCCCAUGUCCUUCCAGAUGCAAACUCAGAUGCUGAGCCGUCUGAUGACCGGCCACGGCGCCUGCCCCUACCCCCCCUUCAUGGCUGCUGCGGCGGGGCUGCAGUUUGUCAACCUGCCCCCCUACCGGAACCCCUUCUCCCUGGGCAACACGGGCCCAGGGCGUGGGCAGCCCUGGCCACCCCUGCCCAAGUUCGACCCAUCAGUGCCGCCACCAGGCUACCUGCCACGCCAGGAGGACCCCCACAAGGCCACCGUGGACGGUGUCCUGCUGGUGGUGCUCAAGGAGCUGAAGGCCAUCAUGAAGCGCGACCUGAACCGCAAGAUGGUGGAGGUGGUGGCCUUCCGGGCCUUCGACGAGUGGUGGGAUAAGAAGGAGCGGAUGGCGAAGGCCUCGCUGACCCCGGUGAAGUCGGGCGAGCACAAGGAUGAGGACCGGCCGAAGCCCAAGGACCGCAUCACCUCGUGCCUGCUGGAGUCGUGGAGCAAGGGCGAGGGCCUGGGCUACGAGGGCCUGGGCCUGGGCAUCGGGCUGCGCGGGGCCAUCCGCCUGCCCUCCUUCAAGGUCAAGAGGAAGGAGCCCCCGGACACGGCCACGUCCGGAGACCAGAAACGGCUGCGGCCCUCGACCUCCGUGGACGAGGAAGACGAAGAGUCGGAGCGCGAGCGGGACCGGGACAUGGUAGACGCCCCCUGCGAGCUCGCCAAGCGGGACCCCAAGGGCGUGGGGGUGCGGCGGCGGCCGGGACGGCCCCUGGAGCUGGACAGCGGCGGGGAGGAGGACGAGAAGGAGUCGCUGUCCGUGUCCUCAUCCUCAUCGGCGUCCUCCUCCUCGGGGUCCUCGACGACCUCGCCCUCGUCCUCAGCCUCGGACAAGGAGGGGCAGGACAGCACGGAGGAGGAGGAGGAGGAUGAAGAAGAGGAGGAGGAGAAAGAGGUCCCUGGAAGCCCGAUCUCCUCCUCCUCCACCUCCUCCAUGUCAGAUAAGGAUGACGACAAUGACGACAGCGACGGCCAGGAAGACUCUAAGAACGAAGACGAAGACUUGGCCCUGUCGGAGGCGAGUGACAAGGAGGAAGGCGACUCGGACGGAGAGGAGACCGCAAGCAUCGCCACCCGCAAGGCUGGGGCUGGGUCCUCCAGCGAGAGUUCGGAGUCUUCGGAGUUUGAAUCAAGUUCUGAGUCUUCGUCGUCAUCCUCGGAGGAUGAAGAAGAGCUGGUGGCCGGGGAGGAGGACGAGGAGGAGGAAGAGGAGGCCACCACAGAUGAGAGCAUGGCUCCCGCCAUUCCUGAGAACUUUGAGGAGGAGGUGGCCACGAGGGCACCCGUGAUGGAGCCCUUGACGGAAGAGGAAGUGGACAUCGAGGCUGAGGACGAGGUCCCCGAGGAGCGGACCCCCACGUUGGAAGAGCCGCCCCUGCCUGUGGGUGUGAAAGAGCCCCCCAAGGAGCCAGGUCUGAACCAGGAAGUGGCCAGGCCACUGUCUCCAGAGCCUCCUGCGAAAGACACGGAGGCCCACCUCCCAGCGUCCCCGGAGCCUCCCCGAGGGGAGGAGCUGGAAGCGAAGCCCGAGCCCCCUCUGCUGCUCUCCUUACCUCUGCAGCCACCAUUGCCACCCCCUCGACCGCCCCGGCCACCUAGCCCACCGCCCGAGCCCGAGACCCCAGAACCCCCACACCCACCCGUCCCUCUGGAGCCGCCCCCUGAGGACCAGCCCCCACGUACGCCAGGCAUUUGCGGCAGCCUGGCCAAGUCGCAGAGCACAGAGACAGUGCCGGCCACCCCAAGCGGGGAGCCCCCGCUGUCGGGGGGCAGCAGCAACCUGUCCCUGAGCUCCCCGCAGGUGCCCGGCAGCCCCUUCUCCUACCCAUCCCAGUCCCCCAGCUUGGGCAGCGGUGGCCUCCCGAGGACACCUGGCCGGGACUUUACCUUCACGCCCACCUUCCCCGAGCCCAGCGGGCCCCUGCUCCUGCCCAUCUGCCCCCUCCCCGCUGGCCGACGCGAGGACCGGCCUGGCCCGCUGCCGCCCCAGGUGCUCCUGGAGACGGGCUUGCCGCUCCCUCUGCCCCUGCCCCUGCCCCUGCCCCUGGCUUUGCCUGUACCUGUCCUGCGGCCCCAAGCUCGGGCCCCUCCCCAACUGCCACCCCUGCUGCCCACCCCUCUGGCCGCCUGCCCGCCCCCCAUCAAGAGGAAGCCGGGCCGGCCCCGACGCUCCCCACCGGCCCUGCUCUCCUUGGAUGGGGCCUUGGUCCGGCCACCAGGGGCAGCCGCCCUGGGCAGGGACCUUCUGCUCUUGCCGGGCCAGCCACAGACCCCGGUCUUCCCCAGCACCCACGACCCCCGGGCUGUGACCCUGGACUUCCGGAACACGGGGAUCCCAGCCCCCCCACCACCCCUACCUCCCCAGCCUCCCCCACCCCCUCCCCCACCCCCUGUGGAGCCCACCAAACUGCCCUUUAAGGAGCUAGAGAACCAGUGGCUCUCUGAGGCCAUCCCGCCGGGUCCCCGCGGGCGUGAGGGUGUCACCGAGGAGUUCCUGGACCUGGCCAAGGUGCGAGGCUCCUGGCGCCGGCCGCCCAAGAAGCGCCAUGAGGACCUGGUGUCCUCGGCCUCGCCCGAGCUCUCCCCGCCGCAGCCCCUCUUCCGGCCCCGGAUGGAGUUUGAGGAGAUGACCAUCCUGUACGACAUCUGGAACGGGGGCAUCGACGAGGAGGACAUCCGCUUCUUGUGUGUCACCUACGAGCGGCUGCUGCAGCAGGACAACGGCAUGGACUGGCUCAACGACACGCUCUGGGUCUACCACCCUUCCACCAGCCUCUCUUCGGCCAAGAAAAAGAAACGGGACGAUGACAUCCCCGAGCACGUGACAGGCUGUGCCCGCAGCGAGGGCUUCUACACCAUCGACAAGAAGGACAAGAUCAGAUACCUCAACAACACCCGCGCCAGCACAGACGAGCCCCCCACAGACACCCAGGGCAUGAGCAUCCCGGCACAGCCACACGCCUCCACGCGGGCCGGCUCCGAGCGGCGUUCGGAGCAGCGCCGCCUGCUGUCCUCCUUCACCGGCAGCUGUGACAGCGACCUGCUCAAGUUCAACCAGCUCAAGUUCCGGAAGAAGAAGCUCAAAUUCUGCAAGAGCCACAUUCACGACUGGGGCCUGUUCGCCAUGGAGCCCAUCGCGGCCGACGAGAUGGUCAUCGAGUACGUGGGCCAGAACAUCCGCCAGGUGAUCGCAGACAUGCGGGAGAAGCGCUACGAGGACGAGGGCAUCGGGAGCAGCUACAUGUUCCGGGUGGACCACGACACCAUCAUCGACGCCACCAAGUGCGGCAACUUUGCGCGCUUUAUUAACCACAGCUGCAACCCCAACUGCUACGCCAAGGUGAUCACGGUGGAGUCGCAGAAGAAGAUCGUCAUCUACUCCAAGCAGCACAUCAACGUCAACGAGGAGAUCACCUACGACUACAAGUUCCCCAUCGAGGACGUCAAGAUCCCCUGCCUCUGCAACUCCGAGAACUGCCGGGGGACUCUCAACUAGGCCCGGGGCCCCGGCCCAGCCCCACCUCCCCCAUUUCAGGUGCUGUCCUCUACCCAGCGGCCACGUCAGGGCCUGGCGCCCCAACACUACCCCCAGGACCCCGGCUCCAGCCCUCAGUGGGAAAGGGCUUCUCUGUCUGUCAGCCUGUGUCUUGUCGCUUCUCAGCGUGCUCCCUCGAGGACUUGUGUUCGACUGUUCCCGUGUCGCUGUCCCCGGCUCUCCAUCUCUCUCUCCUGUCUCCUUCCCGUCUUGUCAUCCGCCUCUUUCCGUGAAUGCUGCUACGAUGUUUUGUCUUCCCUUUAUUUUCUUAUCAAAAGAAAAGACAUUUUAACCGUUGAAAUGUGAAGGCAGAAGCGGAGAGCGGGGACCCGGCAGGGACUGCUGAGGCCUCUGUGUGAGGUGUGUGGACCCACGUGCUGGAGGCCCCCGUCCGGGCGCUGCGCCAGGUGCUGCACAGAGGGGGGUCUGGCAGGUGGCUUUGACCUCAGAACACUAUGGAAGGCCCCCCUCUCUACCAGUGGACUCAGCGAGAAGACCCUACAGACCCCCACCCCCAGGCUGGCCUUCCCCCAGCAGCCUGGGGGGGCCACGUCCCCUUGACGACCCUGGUGGAGCCAAGCUGGUCCCAGGCAGGAACCUCCCCCCUUGGCGCUCUGCCACCCAAAUCUGGGUUCAAUGUUUGCUUUCUCAUUCAAAUGCCAGCAACGAAGGACCCUGCAGGAGGCCCCGGUGUGGGCAGGCGGGGCACUGGGAAGGGCCUUGUCCACUCUCCCCCGUCCUCACCUUCACAGGCGAGAGGAGGGCCUCCCAGGGCAGGCGGGGCCCAGCCUCGCCGCUACGGGUGUCUGACCGUGGAUGCCUGUGGACUUCCUCGUUUAUAAGCGUCACCUGCCUGCCCCCAGCCCAACGCGCCCUAAGACAUCAAGAGCAUAUUUAUUUUCAGAGUGAGAUGAUUUCUCCCAGAGAAAGGAAGAUCUCGGAAAAGAUUUCAGAAUUCAGAUCUCAACCUGACAAGGUUUUCUUUUUUUUUUUAGCCCCUCCUCCCCCCCAUCCCCAUCAUCCUCUUCAGGGUUCACGUCCAUGGACUUGGCUCUCGUGCUUGUGUAAAGUCCAGCCGAGGGGGAAGGAGGUGUUCGAGGUUCAGAUCCCACUUCUGUAUAUAGGCGGCCGUAAAGGACUUUUUCUCGGGAACAUUGUUUCUUGUAGAAACACGUGGGAAGACUUUUUUGCUCAUUUCUUUGUACUUCCCAACAAAACAAAACAAAACAAAACAAAAAAAUCACACAAGUCCCCCCGCACCCCAGGACGCAGAACAGGCGUGUACAUAAUUUAUGGAAAGUGACCAGGACUCAUCCUCACUGUUGGUGGGCACCCACCCUGCGAGGGGCCUCUGGAAUCUCAGCUUGUGUCAAGCUUGUUAUCAUGUAAAUUCUGUACAAAGAAUUGUUAUUUUUUCUCUUUCUCUUUUUUUUUUUGUCGUUGGUGGUGAUUUUGUUGUGUUCUUUUUCUUUCUUUCUUUCAAUCUCUUCACCCCAAGCCCUCUCUGUUUGAGACUGUGCCCGCCACCUCAUCGAGGCCCAUGAAAUCGGUGGCGUGAAGACACAGAGGGGGAACCUGGGCAUAGCGGCGACCUUCUCUCCCAUUUGCGGUUUUCUGCCUAAUUGUGCAACCGAGGAAAUAUUUAUUUUUCACAUGAGGAAAUGUGUAGUUUGUAGAGACGGCUGAUUUCAGUUACUGUGCAGCCCCCAAGGGGCUGUCUGUGUUCUCCCCGCCCCCCCCAACAGAGGAAGUGGAGGGGACGUGGGGAGACCUGGCCUCACCGAGCCGUCCCCCUGUCCCCAGGAACCCCCACCCCAACCCUGGAGUGACUUGUCAUUUCCAGGAAUGUGUUGGCUCCUUUUUCUUUCAAUGCCUUUGUUUUCGUUGAACAAAUCUUUGCUUUGGAAGAGUUGGGGGUUUCUGUUCCCUCCCCCCUUUCCUCCCUCCCCCCUCCCCCAAAGAAAAGAACCCUCACCUUUUAGGGGUGUUUGUGCAUCUAGCUCUAUCAUCCGUAUGGAACUUGUUUUGAAGAGAAGUGUUUCCGUUGUGGGUGUGUCUUGCUGUAAAUAUUUGUUCAUAUUUUUGUGAAUUCAAUACUAUGUACCAUUGUAUUAUAGUAACUUUUAUAAAGCAAACCAUAAAUAUA